AUGAAAGCUCCCAGUACUGCAUCUUGGAUUAGCAAAGGUAUUCUCAAAGCUAGACAAGAUGUCACUGAAGUGCAAACCAGAUGGGAUAAAAGCUUGAUAGAUAACAAGUUUAAAGUGGGAGAUAUGUACAGAGGAAUGAUGCAACAGGAUCCGAAUGUUGACUGGCACAUCCUCUUAGAGGGAAAUAUUGCUAGACCGCGUGCCCUCUUCUGUCUUUGGCUUGAAUGUCAUCAGAGAUUGGCCACUAAAAUGCAUUUAAAGAAAUUUGGAGUGGAUAUCGAUAUUAAAUGUUGUUUCUGUCAGGAAGAGGAGACCCUUGACCAUUUGAUGUUUAAUUGUGAGCCUCUAAAGCAUAUUUGGAAGAGUGUGAUGCAGUGGAUUAGGGUGGACAGGAUACCCCAACAGUGGCAACAUGAGGUCGUGUGGAUUACAAAGUACUGCAAAGGCAAAGGCAAGAAGUGUGGCAUUAUAAAGUUGGCUAUAGCUGAGACAGUUUACUAUUGCUGGAAGUAUAUAAAUGAUACUUGCUUUGGACAGAUUUAUGAUAGGAACAUAGUUGUAAAUAACAUCAAAGAAACCAUCAUACAUAGGGGGUGGUAUAUUAGGAAGUAUAGAGAAUACAUAGCUCAACUCCUGAUGUAA